AUGUCUCUCACAAACGCUUCCCCCGAAGAAGCUGCUCGCGCUGCCAAGAUAUCUUCUCGAACCCUUGCGACGCUCUCAGAAGAUGCACGAAACACUGCUCUCGAUGCCAUCAUCGACGCACUUUCAACUGCGCGGGAAGACAUUCUAGCCGCCAAUGCUGWUGAUCUGGAGAAUGCGAAGAAGUCUACUGCAAAUGGAGAGUUGAACCCCAGCAUCUACAAACGAUUGGAUCUCUCGCGGAAGGGAAAGUUUGAUGACAUGCUCCAAGGCAUUCGAGAUGUGCGCGGCCUGGCGGAUCCAGUCGGCAGAGUAGAUCUGCGUACAGAAUUGGACGACGGCUUGAUUCUUCAACGGCAAACAUGCCCCAUUGGAGUCCUUCUGAUCAUCUUCGAGGCGAGACCAGAAGUCAUUGGCAAUAUUGCGUCCCUGGCAAUCAAGUCUGCCAACGCAGSAAUUCUCAAAGGUGGCAAGGAAUCCACAGAAUCCUUCAAAGCCAUAGCAUCCACCAUUUCCGCCGCGCUGGACAAGACUGAUGUCCCCAAUGACUCCAUCCAACUUGUCACGACCCGAGAUGCUGUGGACCCGUUACUCGAACUCAGCCAGUACAUCGAUCUUGUGAUUCCGAGAGGCUCGAAUGAGCUUGUCCGCCACUGUCAGACGAAAGCCCAUAUGCCCGUCCUUGGUCACGCAGAUGGCCUCUGCAGUCUAUACAUCCACUCGGACGCAGACUCAAAGAUGGCCGCAGAUGUCGUCGUCGAUUCGAAGACUGACUACCCAGCAGCAUGCAACGCGGUCGAKACUCUUCUCGUCAACGAAGACGUCCUCACUACAGUCCUUCCAGCUGUGGCAACCGCUCUGCAAGCUAAAGGCGUUAUCCUCCGCUGCGAUGCACAAAGUAAAGCAGCUCUCACAUCAUCCCUUGACAAGGAGGCAUCUGCUCAACUUCAAGACGCCACAGAAGAAGACUUCAACACCGAGUUCCUAGACCUCAUCCUCGCAGUCCGCACAAUUCCAUCAGGACCCAAUGCUGUAGACGCUGCGAUUGAGCACAUCAACACCCACGGAUCACACCACACGGACGCCAUCGUCACAGCUUCCAAGGAUGUCGCAGACCGCUUCUGUAACAGCAUAGACACGGCGUGUAAAUUCUGGAACUGCAGCACGAGAUUCUGCGAUGGCAUGCGAUUCGGUUUCGGCACCGAGGUWGGUAUCAGUACCAAUAAAGUGCAUGCACGUGGUCCCGUGGGACUUGAAGGUCUUAUGAUUCAUGAGUACCGCGUUGUGGGCCAGGGACACUGUGCUGCUAUGUAUGGAGGUGGAGGGAAGCAAUACAAACACAAGAAGCUGCCCCUGAAUUAG